AUGAAUAUCCUCGAUCUAGCGUUCCCGUACUUCCAGUUCGAAGAAAGCCUUUUGUCGCUUGAGCAGCUACGCCUUACCAAUCCCGCGGCCACGAGCUAUGUGUCCAUCGUGCGCAUCGCAAGCAAAGAUUCCCGCACGGCGCACUUCAGGAUCCUCCGUGAUAUCCUCGACUCCGCAACGGCAAAACGCAUUAAUAAGCCUGCAACAGAAACGUACGUGCAGAACAUGGAUAUAUUCGACGAGUCGGCUUUUCCGCUUGUGCUCCGUCUUCCAGGUGAGUUCUUUUCAAAUGUGGUAUUUCACUUCAAACCUAGCCCCGACUACACGCUUUUCGACCUCCGCAGGCUCUUUGUCUUUAAGGCCGCAUCGUACCCCGAAAUCGACGCCUUGGUCUCAGAUAUGGACGCGCAGUUUGCGCACAGUGGUGACUUUAUCGCGCCUCCCCACGUGUCCACGCACAGGCUGUUUGAAUGGGACAGCGACGGGAUGCUUUCCAUCCCAGAGUUCCUCCUGCCAUCUGAUACCGCCCGUGGAGGAAAGGUGAUCUUCCUUGUCACGGGUUUGUGUCGCGACAGACGCACGGAGAAGGUGACGUUGAAGCACUUUGUGAAGGUCUCGUUGUAUAUGGAGUCUGAACACGGCACUAACUGCGAGGCCAACGGGCUGGAAACAGAUCUGAGAGAGCCGGUAGCAGAAUCAAAUCAAAGUAUUUCGCUUUUGACUGAACCGUCUCGUCAGCCCGCGACAAUUUUCGCGCCAAGUAACCUGAAAGGGGCGCUGUCGCCGAUUACGAUUAACCGCAAGAAGCAGGUGCCAUUUGAGCCUUUGUCGGCGCAGCCAAUGGAAGACACUGCGAACCCGCUUCCUAGCCCCAACUUGUCGCCUGCCGGAAGCAGCAACUGUGAAGAUCUUCCAGAUUUUGACUUCAGCUCCGCAAGGUAUCCGCCUAACGCUAAUGGGCGGUUACUGGUCUACCUUCCGCCGACAUUACCAACGCUCGUCGACUCACCCAAUACACUGAGCAGCACCCUCAAUCCGCCCAGUGAGGCCUCUCUGGAUAAAGGAGAGGGUUCCCCCAAGGAAGAAGAAGAAGCGGAGAAAGAAACAAGGACCGGGGUCCCAGCGACAGCGGAUGGGAUACCAAGGACACCCGUAGAGUCCCAACAGAUGGGAAAUUUUUCUCGGCAGUCAGUUCAGGACUCCCCAGAUCAGUCUUUGUCUCAGCCACUGCCUGAGGCCCCGCCUUUGUCACAGCCUUCGGCUUUGGCCCAAACCUCGACUCUGGCUUCAUACAAUCUCUGCACGGAGGACGGUCCGAUUUUCCGUUCCACCGUGCGCCAGCUUGAGGAAAACAUCCCAAAGUUCCGAGCGCUCGUUCGUGACACGCUUGGAGCCGCCAAAGCCGUUCUCCAGAGUCUCCAGUUGUCGACGGCCGCUACUCGCGAGCUCACCCGCGCCUUGGUGCGUCUUACUAACAGCCCCGCUGGGAUGACAGGCCUCUCACCUAUUGUUACAAGUGCCUACACUCCGUACCUUUCAGCCGAAAGAGCCCAACAGAAGCUUCAAUCUGCAGCCUAUAAGGCCAAAUUCAUCGAUCCCUUGACAGCCUUGCUUAACAACGACAUGAACAUGUGUGCUGCGCGCAAAAAGGAGUUCGAGGAGGAGUCAAAGGAGUACUACGCAUGGUUGACCAAGUACCUUUCUUCCGGUAAGAGCAAGGACGAGAAAAGUUUGCGGAAGCGCAAAAGCUUUGAGCUUGCGAAGCUCGGGUACAUUGAUUACCUCCACGGACUCAACUCGGACGAGUUCACGCAGACAUUUAUGACUGCAAUGACGUCCUUUUUUCAGGAGGUGGACCAACCGAAUUUGGACGCGGAGAUAGACUCGGUUGGCGGUGUGGUUGCAAACCUUCGGAGUUUUGCGGCGGAACGAAAGCAGCUUGGACGACGGAUCUCGCUGGCAGAAACGGAGGAGGAACUAGCGGCCGUUUUGGCGAACCAACCGACGCUGCCCGAUGCUCCCACGUCCCUGGCGUCGCCCAAGAACCCGCCUGGGUACAGAGCGGGGCUUCUUUUCGUCCAAGGCGGACAGGGAAAGUUGGGGUGGCACAAGGAAUGGGUGGUUUUGGACAAGGGUCGGUUGUUCGAGUACUCCGACUGGCGCAAGGGCUCGUCUAUCCGCCAACACGAACCGAUCGACAUCUCCCUUGCGAGCAUCAAGGCGACCCCUAACGACAAGCGCAAGCACUGCUUGGAGAUCAUGACAUCUACGGGCGACAAACACGUUUUCCAGGCUGUUAGUGAGUACGAGCAGCGCCAAUGGGCGAAGGCGUUUUACGACGCGGGACAGCAUUUGACGCUGCCAGGCGAGAGUUUCCAGAAGACCCUGGCAGCAGGUCUGUCUGCAACGCCUGGCUUGUCUGCCCCACGGCCGUACCCACUCAAAACGAGUCACGGGCUGUUUUCUCAACCGGUGCGAGAAACCAAAAAGGUUAUGCCCUCGUCCACCAAGUUUUCACCCACCUCCGGUGUUGCCUCCAAAUUCUCUCCCUUCAAAGAGGGAUCGGAGAUUCGUGCGGCGCCCACCACGAAGGUGGAUCUCUCACGGAUGAACGCAAUGACGUCGCAUGUUCGGGAGCCCGAGCUUUCGGUAGCAGACACGGAUCAGUUGCGCAUGGUGCAAGACGUGGAUCCCAGCAACUUGCGUUGUGUGGACUGCGAUUCGCCCGACUCGGUCGAGUGGAUCUCAAUCAACUUCUUGGUGGUGUUCUGCGUGAACUGUUCGUCGUGCCACCGCUCGCUCGGCUCACACAUCAGCAAGAUCAAGUCGUUGAAGUUGGACAACUUUACCGCCGAGACGGAGUCGUUGUUGAUGCAUAUCAACAAUCGCGAGGCUAACCGCUAUCUAGAGGCGACGUUGGCGUCAAGUAAGAAGCUCAACUACGCAAAGGGGAUCGCGGACGCGGAGCGGUUGGAGUUUGUCACCGAUAAAUACCGCUUAAAGUUGUACAUGUCGCUUGUGGACGGGGACGUGAAUCUAGUGCUCGUAUCUGCGAUCACGAAGCAUAGAUUUAAUGAUAUCAUCCGCACGAUUGCGGCGGGGGCAAAUAUCAAUAUGGCCGUGUCAGAUAGCAAGACGAGUUCGGUGUUCACGUUGUUUGAGUAUGCAUUGGUGAAGUACUCGGGCACAAAGGAACGCCCCGUGUUUGAUAUCGCUGAAUUGCUUAUUCUCAGUGGGUGCAAUAUCGAUGGUCCGGUCAAGAACCCUAACCAGCUCCACCCACAAGCCUUGCUCUACUGGCAAGACAAGAUUAAGCGGUUCCUUGGCACCGGCACGGUGGCGCCGCAGAACGAACGGGGCCUUGUGUCAACACCGACGUCGGUGGAACACACGCCGCAGUCGUUUUUAGGGUCCAAGAAGAUGUCCGCAAGGAUUACGCGGCGACUUUCGGGGAGACACCAAAAGGCGUAG